AUGGCCGCACAGGUAGAGUUCCCUUCCCAGCAAACCCAAUCGAAGGAGCCUCCAGAACCUCGAGAGAGGGGGAAAAUCAGCAUCCCGGAAGAUAUUAACCCAGUCCACCACACCAAGCAUUGCAUGCCGCAGCCAGGUCACCCAACAAUCCACACUGAAAACAUGUGCGAGGCUGGCCAGUGUAUAAGCAAUGGAGGAAAACCUGAAGGAGAAGAGGCAAGUGUUCAUCAGGAUGAAGGUGACCUUGGAUAUGAUAAGGAGCAGAACAAAAAUUUCCCGUGUCAAAACCCAAAUAAUUUCAGCAGCGAGACAUUACCUCCAAAAUAUAAUUUUGAAAUUAGGGAAAAAGACUUUCUUGAUCAUGCAGUGAAAACCUCGAACGUUUUCCCACGAGCCGCAUGGAUGGAAGACUACAAAAUGAUGAAAACUGGUCAUGUAAUUCUCUUGGAAGGAAGUAAAAUUAUCGAGAAAAAUAAAAACAUUAAGGCUCAUCACCAGGAACACAUUGUAGGUUCUCCUAAUUAUAGGAAUGAUGUUUAUUUACUCAUAAAUUUUUAUUAUAAAUUGGGACAUAAGGAGUUGUCAGAGUUGAAAGAAUAUUUACACUCCAUGGCUGAAGGCAGUAAUGAAAGCUACAUUCCAAAUGGAUUAAACAAAGAAUAUUUCAGUAUAUAUACAUACCAUAAAGGGAAAAACAGAGAAAGUUUAAAAAACAUUAAACAUGCUUUACAGGAAUUUUGUCGCCUUGUGAAGGAUUCUGAAGUGACUAUAAAACCUUAUUCUGCAACAUUAGUAAGUCCUGCUUCAUUUAUUUCUAAGGAAUCUUCUUAUGCUUCUGUGGUUAAGAAUUCCCAGACAAAAACUAAAGAGAUCAUAACAAAACCUGUUGUAACAAGGAAUCAACAAGUUAUCAGAAGUGGCAGCACUUCCAAAUGCAGAGAAAAUCAUGUAAAUGCCGAGAAAAAAAGUCUGGUAGUAGAAAAUCUUAAUUCUGAUAGCAAAUUUUCUUAUGAUAAAAGUAAACAAGCUCUCAAUGGCAACAAGAUUUUAUUUGGAAAUGAGAAGAAAAUUACAUCAGUUGUUGAACCUAGAUUGUCAGGCAAAGGAAGUCAGUGUGACAACAAGCAGGUGGCUGAGACCCACAAGCGCCGCGGUGCAAACACAACACAAAGAGGUAAUAGAAACAACUCCAAUAGGCCAGUUGAAAAUUCCGCCAAAUUACCCAAAAAAACAAAUAUAUUUAAAUCAUUUCGUCAGGAAGAAAGUGGAAAGUUUUACAAAGAAAACAAGGGCAAUAAAUACAUUCGUGGCUGCAUGGGUGGAUUUCGGGGGCCCAUGAACACUGCCCUGAGGCAGAAUUAUUGCUCCAGUGAAUAUCUUUAUCAAAACCAAAUGUGUGUAAGAGCAGUUCCUCAUAAUCGUUCACUUUCAUCAGAAAGUAUGACUGAUACAUUCACCAGUAAAGAAUUUUCCGAAGGAAAAAAUGAUAUAAUUUGCAGCCCAAAACGUUUUGCGAGGAAUAGGUUACAUACUGGAAAGGGUCUUGUUUACCAAGAAACAUCGUUGUGUAAGAGUUUAGACAACUUCCCUUCUGAAAAAGACAAAUACAAUUAUGUCGCUGUUGGUGAACCAGGAAUACUUUUGGACACAAUCUUAUCAAAAACAAAUGAAACUUUAUCAGUUCCAUUAACAUUUCACAAAAGCCGUAGUGGAGAUGGAGCUGGAAUGAGUUGCGUCAAUUCAAGUUUUCAUUUAACAAAGCAGACUCAUAACUCAGACUCAGAAAAUGUUUCUGGAUUGACACCCAAAGAAAUAUGCAACUCAGAAAGUUUCAAAUCAGGGGCAAAAGGUUCAGUUUAUUCUAAUAUGCACAAAGCAAAAUUUCCAGGAUAUAUCAAAAGUACUAAAGAAGACAAAGAGGAUUUUAGUGUGGCUACAGAUUGCUUGAAGCCCGUAGCAGAAGUUUUUGAUGAAUGUGGAAUGAUUAGGAAGUACUAUGGAGUUCGUUCAGAAGUGAAGCAGAAAACCAUAAUUCUUCUUGGAGCUUCAGGAAGUGGGAAGACAACAUUGGUAAAUUUUGUUGCAAACUACUAUAGAGGUGUUAAAACUGCUGAUGGUGAGUUGGUUCACGUAGUAAGAAACUCUAACGAUGUACGGUCAUAUACAACCUCAAUUACUGCCUAUACAUUUUGCUCUGGUGAACACGAGACUCCCAUUACUGUUAUAGACACACCAGGACUGAAUGACUCCUCAGGGGCAGAAGUGAGAGAUCAUGUCCAGUCACUCAAAACCUUCUUGGUAAAUGCUGCCUCACAAAAUUAUGAGAUCCAUGCCAUUGGUUUUGUAGCACAAGCUCACUUGGUACGUCUAACAUCAUCAGAACGCCUCGUUAUGGACUAUGUCUCCACACUGUUUGGUCAGAGUGUUGAAAACCAUUUCUUUACAUUUGUUACAUUUGCAGACAGUCAGGAGACUCCACCAGUCGUUGAGGCCAUGAAGAACUAUGGCGUGAAGUGUAAUACUUUCUUGAAGUUUAAUAAUUCUGCUCUCAGCAACAUCAAAACUGAUGUAAUUGAUGAUCUGGACAGGGUUUAUUGGAGAAUUGGGAACAAGAGUUGGAAAAAAUGUAUGAAAUCUCUACAUAAUCUCUCAGCUCUGUCUGUCGGCACCCUGAAAACUUUGAUGAAUGAGGUGUUUGCAGCAACUGUGAUUGAUUCUGCUGAGAGAGAGUUGAAAGCUGAAAUGAAAGAGUUCAUCGCUCGUUUAAAGGAAUCUAAAUACCUGACAAAGGAUUCAAUUCUCUCGUGUGAGAAAGUCUGGGAGUCAGCAGCACUUGUUCACCACCUUAGGUCCACUCGGGCGUCUGAUUCCUCUGAUGAUGAACGUAUAUUAGUGAAUUUUGCUGAAAUAGUUUGCAAAGAAAAUGGUGUUCAGCACGAUAGUUACAUACAGCUUCUUUCAUUGGCGCCUUCACGACAGCUAUUAAAUGCUGGGAUUGGAGUCAUACAGAGCAUUGAACACCUAUACUGGCAAACUGUAGGAAUAUUAGACGAACGGAGGAAGACUUUUUCAAAGCCAAUUAAAAAAUUUCUUUAUUGUCAUGAAUGUGACGCAGAUCAUGAACUAGGAAGAAUAAACCCCCAUUUCACAAUAAGAGUGCCUUUUUUUGGAUUUAAUUCAGUGUAUAAUUCUUACGUAUGCUUAAAUUGCAAAUGUGAUGGGAAUUUGCAUGGUCAACGUCAAAAUGACGGAGAUUCCUCUGAAACUUCGCACUCUAACACUUUUGACUUCAACAAGCUGUUUCAACAUACAGUAAAUUGUUUAACUUCUGUUAUAGAAGAAUUUUCUACAUCAGGAUAUUUAGUAAAUAUGUAUGUGUAUCUGCAGCAUAUAAAUGAUGCCACAAAUGGUAAAUAUGAUAAAUUCAUCAAAGCGCUGAUAACUAAGCUAAAAUAUAUGUAACCAAGCAUUGUGUUAGUUACAUAUAUUCAUAUGGUGAAUUGCCUUAACAGUAGUACUAAUAUGUAAUAACAUGCUAAUGUGAUCCUUUGUAUGUUUCCAUGUAGUAGAAUCCCUUUA